AUGUCAUCUAGCUCAAGUGAGAGCGAAAAGUCCACCCAUACUCCAAGCCCAGAUUUACCAGAUGUAAUUUUAACAGAGAGUGCACCUGUCUCUCCAUGCAUGUCCUUGCCGGAAGAAGCACAAAGUCAUAUUGAGAUGUCCCAAGAUUUGACCCAAAUUUCCACCAGUAUUGAGCCUCCUUCUUCUCACAUGUCAGCUGAAAGAAAGAGGAGGCAUAAAGAUAAUGUCCCAGCCAAGGUGUCAAGCAAGAAAUCUCGCAAAGAAAAAAAAGGAGCAUAUGAAGUAGACCCCUCAACAUUUACCAUAGAGGAGGUCAUUCAAUACGUCCAUGAAAGACCUCUAUGGGAUAAGUCCCAUAAAAAACAUAACGACAAUGCGUGCACCAGGCGCAAAUGGGAGGAAAUAUAUGUCAAGAUCUUUCCAGACUUUGCGUCUUAUGGCGAAAAAUUGCAGAAGGCCAUUGAACAUCUUCAAAUAACAGCCCCAAGGUGUCAGCAGUCGGCUUCGCACCAUAAUGUCACAUCGGCAUUCUUCGAAAAGGGGGAAAGAAAGUCAGAUGUUCCAGUGCAUCCUGGACGCUAUAGAAAAACUAAAGAAUAUGUGCACUUCUAAAUUUUUAGAUGUCCGCGUUCUAAGAUUAGAAGGAAUGAUUUCUGGUCUCUCUUCAAGCCCCUCAAGAGAUUUUCUUAUGACACUCGUACUGUACAUGGACCGUAUGAGUGAGGAGCAACAAGCUUCAUACAAGCAAAAAAUCAUUAAAAUAACCCAUGAUUUCCUUAACCCCCCACCCCCCCAAGUCCCUAUGUAUCCCCCAGCAUCCCCCUCCCUUCAGCCUCAGCAACCGAGAAGUCGACCCUAUAGUAUAUUUCUUAGACCAUAUGAAGAAAAAUUUGAGGCAAAAGAUGGCCACUCAUAUAGGCGAAUGUUAAUGUUUGUCUUCAUGCCAGGAUUAAAG